CAUUCUGUAGUGGAGAUGUGGAGGGUCUUUCUGUGUCUCUGUCUGAUUUUCCGGCCUCAUUCAGCAGAGGAAGUGAUGCUGCUGGACACAACAGAGUCUACCUCAGAGCUGGGCUGGACCACCUAUCCAGACACAGGGUGGGACGAGGUCAGUGUCCUUGAUGACCGGGGGAAGCUCAUACGGACCUUUGAGGUCUGUAAUGUCAACCAAAACCCCCGUCAGCAGGACAACUGGUUGGCUACACCUUUCCUGUACCGCCACUCGGCUCCACGGGUGUUUGUCACAUUGCGUUUCUCGGUGCGUGACUGCGGCAGUCUGCGAUCACCAUCACCCACCUGCAGAGAGACACUCACCCUGUACUUCAAACAGGCCGACUCCCAGAGGGAGCUGGAGAGGACCUGGGCGGCUGAGCCGUCCAGCAAAGAGAAGGAUACCAGGGAGGGUUGGGUGAAAAUCGACACCAUUGCAGCAGAUAAGAGUUUCUCCAAGGUGGAGCCCAGUUCCCCUCACCAGUACCAACCGAACAGAUACAGUCGAAUCAACAUCAAGACACGGAGCUUUGCCCCUCUCACACGCAACGGAUUUGUCCUGGCUAUUGUUGACAGUGGAGCUUGUGUUUCCCUCAUGGGGGUGUCCAUCUUCUACCGGCGUUGUCCAGCCACCAGCCUCUACUUGGCGUCCUACCCGGCGACUCCCUCGGGGGCAGAGCCCACAGCCUUGGUGCCUGUGAGCGGGACUUGUGUCCCCAACAGUAAAGCACAGGGAGGCACGGCCCCUCGCAUGCACUGCAAUGCUGAGGGAGAAUGGAUGGUACCUGUAGGAGGGUGUGUCUGUGACGGAGGCUUUGAGCCAAACCUCAAUGGAUCCGCCUGCUUGGCCUGUCCUGUAGGCUACUUCAAGUCCGUCUCAGGCUCUGCUCCCUGCUCCACGUGUCCCUCCAACAGCAGAACAAGUCAGAAAGGAUCGAGUGUGUGCGAAUGUCGCAGCGGCUUUUACCGUGGAGCCAAUGAUGCCAACUCUUCUGACUGCACAACUCCUCCUUCUGCUCCCAACUCUAUGUCCUGGGAGUAUGAGAGCGAUGACGGCGGGGUGUCCAUCAGGUGGCGCCCGCCAGCGGAAAUGGGAGGCCGCAGCGAGGUGUGGUACGGGGUGGUUUGCCGCAUCUGCCCCUCACCCACCUUCACCAACCCUGCGUCAUGCUCCUGGUGUGGUGAGGGCGUCACUUUCAGCCCCUCCCAGACCAACCUGAAACAAACCAAGGUCACCCUCAACAACCUGCUGACGAGAGUCACUUAUCUCAUACAGGUGCAAGCCAUGAAUGAGGUGUCCGCUUUGAGUCCCUUUUCAGCUCGAUACGCCAGCAUCAAUUUCACCACGAGCCAGUCAGUUCCCAGUACAGUUCCCAUGAUGCACCAGCUAAGCCGAGCCCCAGACUCCAUCACUCUAUCGUGGCCUCAGCCGGACCGACCCAACGGAGACAUCCUGGAGUACCAACUCAGAUACUAUGACAAGGGCUCGGAUGUGGACAGUGCAAUGACUGUGUACAGUGAGACCAACACUGUGACCAUCAGCCCUCUGAUUCCCGGGUCCAUCUACGGCUUCCAGAUCAGAGCUCGGAAUGAACGAGGUUACGGCCCCUACAGCAACACAGUCUACUUCACCACGCUGCCUCUGGAGGAACAUUCACAGCAGAUCCAGAAUCGACUUCCUCUGCUGGUCGGCUCAGUGAUGGGUGGGGCGGCAUUUCUUCUGGUUGUGGCAGCGAUUGUGGUUACGGUGGUGUUUCGCAGUAAGAGGAGGGAGAGCCCGUACAGCGACAGACUCCAGAGAUACAUCAGUAACCGAGGUGGAGUGAAGUAUUAUGUGGACCCAUCCACCUAUGAGGACCCCAGUGAGGCUGUCAAAGAGUUUGCCCGUGAGAUAGAUCCCACUCACCUCAAGAUCGAGGAGGUGAUUGGUUCAGCUCAGUUCGGUGAGGUCUCUCGAGGUCGUUACCGUCCUAUGGGUCGCAGGGAGGUGCUCGUGGCGGUGAAGACUCUCCGCUGGGGGGCGUCUGACAGGGAGAGGGGGAUGUUCCUCAGUGAAGCGGGGGUCAUGGGCCAGUUUGACCACCCCAACGUGCUGAAGCUGGAGGGCGUCGUCACUCACAGCCCUCCAGAGAGGAUCAUAACUGAGUUUAUGGAGAACGGGCCACUGGACGCAUUCCUCAGGGAGAACGAGGGCCAGUUCAGCAUCCUGCAGCUUGUUGGGAUGCUGAGGGGAGUGGGUGCAGGGAUGCGUUACCUCUCUGAGAGAAACUUUGUCCACCGGGACCUGGCAGCGAGGAAUGUGCUGGUCAACUCCAACUUGGUGUGCAAAGUGUCUGACUUUGGCCUGUCACGACUCAUGAGAGGCCUGGACCACAACAUACCCACGUAUACUGCAUCGCUGGUGCGUUCAGGGACAGGGACUUUUUCUUCAGUUUGGUGUUCAUUGGCUCGCUGCUUCACUGCUUCUGUUUCAUUCCUCCAUCAGGGCAGUAAGAUUCCCGUGAGGUGGACAGCACCAGAGGCGUUUCAGCAUCGCAAGUUCAGCUCAGCCAGUGACGUCUGGAGCUUCGGCAUUCUGAUGUGGGAAGUGAUGUCAUACGGAGAGCGCCCUUACUGGGACAUGAGCAAUCAAGAAGUGAUGAAGGCAGUAGCAGACCAGUAUCGUCUCCCUGCCCCCCACAGCUGCCCGGCUGCGCUCCACUCUCUGAUGCUCCAGUGCUGGCAGGCAGAGCGAGGCGACCGUCCAGGCUUCGACUCCCUCCUGUCCUCCUUGGAUCGGCUCAUCAGGCACCCUGCCACCCUCAAGACGGAGCCGAGCCGAAGCUGUUCUCAGACUCUGCUCAGCCCGACCCCCACAGACUUAUCAGCAGUGGCGACGGUCAGCGAUUGGCUGAAGGCGCUGAGGAUGGAGAGAUAUCAGGAUGAGUUUGAUCGGGCGCACCUGGACACUUUAGACAGAGUCAGCACACUCACCAUGGAUGACGUCCAGAAUCUCGGGGUAAACCUGCUGGGACACCAGAGGAAGAUCGUCACAGCGGCCCAGCAGCUCAGAGCCCAUCUCACACAGGGGCAGGUGGAGGUGUGAAAUCCCAUCUUACAGAACAACAGGAUUUCUGUGGUUUUCACAUUCCUCUGCUUGUCGUGUCUGGUUUCUGCAACACGUUUAUUUUCACGGACGCACAUUAAACAGAUAGAGAGAAUAGGCAGAGAGUGCCACUGUGUAUUCGGAUAAACCUGACACUACAAUCAGAAGGGGUGAAAAAAAAAAAGGAUUGGGCUUUUCCUGCCAGUCACUCAAGACAAAUAAAAGAAGAGGGAUGCACCGUGGUCCAGGCCAAAGUGAGGUCAGGGAGUCGUUAAGGAGAACGAGGACUUUAAAGCUUCCUCAAUGUUUUACACUAGAUUUCACUUUGCUGUUGUCUGCCUUCUCUCCUCACCCAUCUGCAGUCCUACCUCUCACCUUCUCUUCCACUGAUGUCCCUCCCUCAAAUGUCCCCAUACCUCCACCCUCAUCGAGGUCAGUAAAAGUAUUGGAAAAAAAAAAUCAUGGAGAUGUCUCCUCACAAAGAAUUGCGUAAAAGACAAUCAAAGCCUUUUUCUAUUUUUUUGAGUUGUUUGUAAAGUUUUAAAGUUCCUUUCCACCUAAAUGCUAAAAGCAGAAAACAGUGUACUACCUAGCAGCCUAUGGUUUGCCUUAUGAGGUCUCACCAUUAACUUUCAGUGAAAAUGUAAAGUUUGCUCAGUGUCGGAGCAAAAGCUGUAAACCACCAGUCCAAAGUCUGCACCGCAAACCCUGAGGUUAGAUGUGAACAGCUGCCAUGAAAUCAGGGAAACAAAAACUAUACUAAAAGGUUUACCCUGUUGAAAAGACAUAUCCAUGGUUUGAGAGCUGCCGUGUUUGUAUGAGUCACUCUCACUGUCAGGCCUCUCGUGCAGUGGGAGCUGUCGAACGCUACGAGCGUCACCUCGGCUGCAAACACUGCGUCCAUCUGAGAUGAGGACAGAACUGAACAGCACUCACCUGUACGUGUACGUUUCACACUUCACCUCUUUUUGUUUGAUAGAGUAAAGACACUGAGUCACUGAAGCAUUGUGAAUGUGUGAAAUGGCAAAGACGGAAAAAAUCUGAUCUGAUUUACACUUGGAGGGAGGAGGCAAAAUGCUUCGUAAGUAUGUACCUGUGUGUCUGUAACUUGUGUGUACCGUAGGAAACGUAUGCGUGUGUGUGUGUGUGUGUGCGUGUGUGAGACAAGUGUGUCAGGCUACACACAUCGUUAGCUGUGAG